UGUAUCUGGAAAUUGAGGAGUUCUGAGAAUGUCGCAAAAUUGCCUAAAAAUAAUAGUCCGUCCGUAUUGAGAAUGCAUCAACUUGGGGCUGCAUGAGGAUACAUAAAUAUUUCACUAUUUUAACCUCCAUAAAAUCAAUACUUGAGGGUGCUCGAAGUCGGUGUAGAAUGCAGUUCGGAGAGUUAAUUAUACUGCUAUGCGAAAUGAGAGUUAAUUUUAUAUGGACUUGUAACUUAUUAAAGCGCACCAGGGCCUAGCUGAAUUUUGCUUUCUUCUCAUGCCAUAUAUGAAGAAGAAUAUUAUACUACUUAUAGCGUUAAUAUUCCGAAAUCGGGUAUGCUCGCCUGACCCGGCUAGAUAAAUGACCGAAGUGCAAUUCGAACACAACGGAAGCUUCAACGAUUGGCGUUUUCGGUACAUUGUACUUCCCAAUAAAGUAAAAGCCCUUCUGGUGAGUGGAGUUUCGAAUAGCUUCCCCAGAGUUGGGAUCACGGUGGUAAAUGCCGGUACUUUGAGCCAAGCUACAGGGUCAUUCCCUCAGCUGUCACGCCUUGUCGCGCUCGCCUUGGACCAUGAGGACAUCGCCUUCCCUGAGAAAUCUCAACUUCGCCAAGCCUUCGAGAAAAGGGAUGGAUGUUCGGAAACUAAAACACAGCCUGAUUUUUCUUCUUUCCAUUCCGUCGUCCGCGACACGGACACCAAUCUUCGCGUAGCUUUAUCAUGGAUGUCGAGCAUGUUAAACGAACCAUCAUUUCCAGUUGAAAAGUUGACUGAAACUUGGAAAGAAAUAAAUGAAUCGUUAGUCUCCGAGUUGGCUUAUGAUGAAGGGAAAAGGGUCGACUUUCUCCAAGAGUAUACGACAAAUCCGAAUAACUUCCCUAAAUAUGGGGCAGAUGGGAAAGAAUGCAGCCCGCCUUUUAGUGAAGCUCAAUUACGAGAUGAGGUUGUGUCCUAUUUCGAAACGCAUUACAUUCCAUCAUCCAUGUAUGCAAUCGUACAGGGCUCACAGUCUUUAGAAGAACUACAGAAAAUGGUGGAAGAAACUUUAGGUGAAAUACAGAACAAAAAUGCUGAACCUGAUAUUUCUCUCAGUUCGAAGCAUCUCUACGGCCCAUUGCAAUGUGGAACGAUGAUGGUACAAAGAAUGGUCCCCAUCGAUGAUGAUGAGGAUAACACCUUUAUUUUGAAAUUUCACGUCCCCACAUCGGAAAUGGAGACAACUGUUGCGUACGCUGUUGGAACCUAUAUAAAUCGAAUGCUGGAAAGAGAUAGAUCGCUGGUGAAAAUACUAAAAGAAAAUAAUGAAUGGGUUCGCUCCACCAAGAAAAAAUAUUCCACCGAUGUCACUUUUCCGUCAAGUGGAUGCCUUUGUCUGGAGUUCAAAAUGAAGUUGACGGAAACAGGAAUGCAAAAUGUGGAUGGGAUUGUAGGACACAUUAUAGCAUACAUUCGUUUCUUGGAAGCGAAAGGAUUUCAAGACUGGUUUUGGGAGGAAACAAAAAUACAAAAGAUUUUUUACAGGCGGAUGUUUAACAAUUAUAUCAUUGAUCACGAUUGGGCUGAAACUGCGUUGAAAUUGUUGGCUACGACAAAUUCUUCAGAAUACGCGAUAAAAUCAAUUUACGGGACACAUCUCAUUGACAAAUUUGAUGAAAACGAAUUACUUGGAGUGUUAGGAGGAUUAGCUGCUAAAAAUGCGAGAAUAAUUCUACUUUCCAAAUCAUUUGACGAGGUUGUAACCCAUAAUGUUCAAGGCAUAGAAUAUCAUGAGGAAGAAAUAAGUGGCGAAGUUAUCGAGAUAUGGAAUUCUAUUCAAGACGGAUCACUUGAUCUUGGACUAGAGUUCGAGAUGCCUUCCCCAUCAAUGCUGAUACCAUCGCCGCAGGAAAUCCGCCAGCAACCAAUCGAUGAGAAUCAGAACAACGAAGGGGCAAAACAAAUCCAAACUAAUAUGGAGUUUAGUCGCAUCUGGUUCCUGCAGAAUAACAACUUGGAUUUACCUCAAGUCUAUUUUCGAGUAGAGCUUUCCAGUCCCACAGUUACCAGAGAUCCUAAAUCAAUCCUGCUCAACAAUAUGUACUGGUUUCUGUUGGAUGAUCACUGUGUUAGAAGUUACGGUCGGGAGUCUGGGUUGUAUCCCCAAUUAGAAGAAACAUCUUCCGGACAAGCGGUCUAUGUCGACUGGUUUACGGCCACAAUUGGUCAAGCAAUUACUGACUUGAUAAAACUGAUUGAUUCCUUCGUACCGGACGAGAAAAGUUUCAAAUCCAUCCGUUUCUCUAGAAUAGCACAUCAGAAAAAUAUUCUGCAAAGUGAUGGGGCUAGUUAUUUUGGAAGAUCGGGUGAAAUAUUGCUUACGCCGUUGAUUACACCGAGGGAUAACCUUGCCAUACUUAAAGAAAUAACUUACGCCGAUAUGGUCAACUUUGUCAAGCAAUUUCACGAAACAAUUAUUUUAAAUUGGUUGGUAUAUGGAAAGAUUGCAUCGGAGGAAGUCAUAAAAAUUGUGGAAGGAUGCGAAAAAAUAUUUACAAGCAAGAGAACCAAAGUAGCAGAUGGAGAAGAAAUUACCAGGAAGCGACAAAUCCAAAUUCCUCAAGGCACUAAAUGGGCCCACACAUACGAAACAGAUACUGAUGCUGCUGUGUGCACGACGAUUUACUUUCAAAAUGUUCAGUUUGAUCCAAAGUCUAAUGUAUUGGUCCAAUUUCUUUCUCAUUUGUUGAAUAUGGAGGCGAUUGAAAUCCUACAAAGUUUGACGGGCAUGGAUAGCGUGGAGGCAAGCACGGAACAACUUUACUCGCCUGAUGCCAGGAAAAACUUGUACAUCUACGUGGACAGUGCCGACGAAAGUCCAGAUGUUGAGUCAAGGAUUGACAAAAUGUUGCUUCAAUUUCAUAAAAUUCUUGAAUCAAUGGACGAACUAGAAUUUAUAGGAAAGAGAAAUGCAUUUCUUGGACGGUUGUGGAAUCCUCUUCAUCAUGAUAAAUUGGUGAAUCAGUGGUUCGAAGAAAUUAAAACGGGGUCGUUGUGCAACUUUUCUCGGUGUGAAGAAUAUGCUAAAGCUUUAGAAACUGUGGAACUCGCAGAAUUUGUAACGUUUGUUGAGGAAUUUGUUGGAAUUACUCCUGGAAAAAUGAGGCGAUUUACGUUGAUGGUUGGGAAAGGUCCGGAUACCUCCAAGUUGGAAGAAAGUCGACGCGUUGAAAUUGGUUCAGAAAAUGUGGAAGCUAUAAUUGACCUUAAUGAAUGGAUUAAUGGAUCGAAUUUAGUGCCAGUAGAAUCCAAUGAGUAAAAAAAGACAAACAAUGAAACAGAAUCUGACUAAUUUUUCAAGCAAAUAUUCAUACUGUAGUGUCUCAAGAAAGAGCAAUUUUUAAUUCCAUUUAAAAAAAUCUUAUACAAUUUGAUUUCAGUAAUAUUCAGUGUCAUGAACGCUUCCGCAAAGCGCUUACCUUGUUUCUUUUACCUUUGGCGUAGAUUAAUAUUGAUGAUAAUAAUAUAUACAUUACGGAAAAUGUGUAAUGAUUGUCAUUCCCACCCAGCUUAAUUAUUUCAUGCAAUAAAUGUGAUUAAAGAUGUCUAAAAUUA